AUCAGCUGUCAAACAGCCCACAGCCUGCAGUGACGUUUAGGAAAAUUUUCCAACUCAUUUAUUUAAUUGCAAUUUUCCUCUUGAUCGACCACCCAUUCGAAAAUCGGGGUUUAAUUUGAAACAGGCUCCAGUAAACGCUAUGUUUUCGACUAAUUAGUUUAUUACUGUGCAACGUAAACGGGUUGUAUUUUUGUGUAAGCGUAAAAAAAUUACACCAUCGUCGAAAACAGCUUAUCAUUCCGUCAAAACAAUGGAGGGCUUGCAGCAGCAUCAGGCAAAUCCGCUGGAUUUAAAAAUAAAUGCCCUGAUCGAGAAGGUGUUUUUAAUCACACUGCAAAAAAGUGCACCGAAAGGCCAAACCGGCCGUGCACGGCCGCAAUUAGUGUACAUGGAGGAGGUGGCUGCCCAGUGCCCUGACGGCGAGUGUCUGCUUACUCUGGAUCUGCUUGAGCAGGCUCUUUUCGAACGGAUAAUUCUGUUCAAUCCGUCGGAAUAUCUGAUACCUAGCAAUGUGACGAAUGCUGAAACGGAAACUGUGUCUCAGACCAAGGUAAUGCUCUACCUGUUCGGAUGUUUCCUGCGCAAUGAGCAAGCUUCCGAUCCAAACGACUGUGUCGUUAUUGAGACUCGCCAGAAGAUGCAAGCGUUGAUUCUACGGAAUGCGUGUACCUCGCUGAAGCAACCGGAGCUAUUCGAGGGACAGAAUUUGUCCAAUCAGCUACUCGACAUUUUUAAACUUACGGAUGACGACCAACCGGUGAAGGCGCAGUUUGUUUCCGAGACUGUAAAGGAGAUUUUUGCCGAUUCCGAGAGUGAGCAGGAAGGAUUCGUGGUGCUGAGGACAAUAUUUGCGCCUAUGUUUACGGAGGUGAUGCGUUCGUUAAGGACCGCUUCACUGAUUAGUAUGGAACGCUGGAUCGUACCGUUUCUGGAGGUGUUUAUUACUGAUAAAAGUAAUCCUCGGUUGGCCCAUGUGCUGUUGGACUUUACAACUCCACCGGAGGGAGCGGAUGGUAUCAAAUAUUCCGAGUCUUUGUUGGGACAACUGCUGUCCCUUUCGAUCAUGCCCCGGAAUCAGAACGGACCGUACGAGUUUUUUGACAAUCCACUGACUACGAAUCGAUCGGCUUACGAUAGUCUAUCGGCGUCAUUGUGGAACUACACCAAGUUGCAUCUGGAAUUGAUGCAUCGUUUCAUCAAGGGUUUCUUGCUUCUCGGGGGCGAUGUGCGAAGCAAAAUUUUAGAUUGGAUUGGAAAAUGUUUGCAUGCCAAUGUACCGCGUGGCCAAAUCUGGAAUACUCACCAAGCGCAGAGUAUUUUCGGCAAUAUGUCCACGGCUCCGGACUCGUUCAGUGUCAAUCUGGCCGGAGUUUUGCUUCGUUUGUGCCAGCCGCUUCUGAAGCCUCAGCUAAAGGUGCUGAUUGUGGAUCCGACCUACUGCGCCGUCAAACAGCAGGACAAAGAAGCGAAGGGUGUGCACAUGCAGGACACCGAAAAAGAAACCUGUCUGCUACCAGUGGAUGAGAAUGAAGUUCGUCUCGAGGCAGACAAGUACAACUUUGUGACGGAAUGCUUUUUUAUGACCCACAAAGCGAUCGAUCUUGGGUUUCGUGUUUGCAUCGAGAAAUUUUUCCGCAUGAAUCGAGAACUCCAUCGAUUACAGGGUGCAUACCAGGACACUUUGGCCGGUGGUGGCCUUGCUGGUGGCGGAGCGGAUGUCGCCAAUAACAUUAUGCAAAUGUUGUCCAGUCAGACGCAACAGUUUUUGUGCUUGCAGAAUUUACUUCGCGAACCUACAACCGAUCAAUUGCUGCUGCAAUUCUACGAAGCUUCUGCUAUCUGGUUGACGCAGCUGGCUUCUCGCGAAGCCGACCGGAUUGAUGCGCUGGACAAGUCGAAGGGCUUCGCGCCGCAAACCGUCGAAGACGUGAAACUGCCUCUUUCAAACGGAAUAUCUAAGGUUUUGAAAUGCGUUCCGGAGUACAUCAUGGAAAACAUAGUGGGCUAUCUGCAGUUUUCGCGUCACUUCGAUAGUCAACCGCUUCGUGUGGAUGUCGAAGCGCAGAAUAAUAUUUUUACGAUGACGCUGGUUUUUAUGGGCUGCUCACAGCGGAUUCGAAAUCCUCACUUGCGUGCUCGGCUAGCGGAAGGGUUGGAAAGCCUCCUACCCAAAGAAUCCGAGUCCGGUGGGUUUAGCUUCAGUGCCGCACUGUUUUCCAACCAUCCACACCGCUUAGAAAUUAUUCCGAACCUACUGCAAGUUUUCGUCAGUAUAGAAAUGACUGGACAGAGUGUGCAGUUUGAGCAAAAAUUCAACUAUCGGCGGCCAAUGUACGCCAUAAUGGAUUACCUCUGGAAAAUGGACGAGCAGAAGCAGUGCUUCCGCAAUUUGGAACAGGAAGCCAUCCGCAACAUUGAAGCGGAAGAUCCGCCAAUUUUCCUACGCUUCAUUAACUUGUUGAUCAAUGAUGCUAUCUUUCUACUUGACGAAUCGCUCAGCAAUUUGCAGCAGAUCCGGCAGUCGCAAGCAGCUCAGGAUUCUGGUGAAUGGACCAACCUGCCAGCCGCUGAACGGCAGCAAAACGUGGCCAACCUGCGACAUCUAGGAAUGUUGGCUCGAUUUGACAAUAUUCUUGGUCGAGAUACGAUCAACAUCCUACAACUACUGACAUCGGAAACGAAGAGUAUUUUCUGCCACUCGUCCAUGGUCGAUCGUGUAGCGGCCAUGCUGAAUUAUUUCCUUUUAAACUUGACCGGUCCCAAAAAGGGAAAUUUCAAGGUCAAAGACAAGCGAGAAUUUGAGUUCGAUCCUGCCAAUACGGUGCUCGAAAUCUGCAGAAUUUACGUAAACCUGCAGGAAUGUGACGCUUUCUGUCUGGCGGUUUCACAGGAUGGCCGAUCGUACAGUCCACAGUUAUUCGAGUACGCCGAGCAGGUUCUCACUCGCAUCGGUGGUGGUCAGUUGAUCGGUGAAAUUCAAGAACUUUCCGCUAGAGUUCAGCAACUAGAAGCCCAGCAGAAGAUCGACGAGGAAGCACUAAUCGAUCCACCGGAGGAAUUCCUCGAUCCUAUAAUGUCAUCCCUGAUGACUGAUCCGGUGAUUUUGCCCAGCUCACGAAACACAGUCGACCGUUCGACCAUCGCUCGGCACCUGCUGUCCGAUCAGUCGGAUCCGUUCAAUCGUUCCCCACUGACGAUGGAUCAGGUCAAGCGGAACGUCGAGCUGAAGGAGCGAAUCGACGAAUGGAUUCGCGAAAAACGAGCCGAACAUGCUGCCAAAACUGCGUCUAAUUCCGAAUAAACUGUAGGUUUUCUGGUGAACAAGGUAAGAUUGUUGUUCCAUUUUUUUCACUUUCUCCACACAAAUCGUACUCUUUAAACGUAACAUGGUAAGGAUGUUGGUAGUUUUAUUGGCUUCGGCAGGCAAAUGUGUAAAAUAUAUAUUAUACCAUUAGAGUGAAAUGAUUCCUUUGGAUUCUGAUAAUAAGCAUAUGAUAUUUUGUUAGCGAAUAGACGACUAGAUUAUUUUAGUGCAAUGAAUAAACCUAGCCUGUUUAAAGCA